CGCUAGCAACCGAGCAGCUCAGUGAAAUCAGACUCUUAUGCAUCAGUGUUGACGGUACAGUAUGGAUACUUGGACUACGUGGAUAUUUGUCAUGUGUGCGCUCCUGGCUGGGCAAGGGUCAGAAGCUCAAGAGGUAAGCUGUGGAACGGCACCUCUGAACAACAACAGAAUAGUGGGCGGACAAAACGCACAGCCUGGAGUGUGGCCCUGGCAGGUCAGCCUGCACUACAACCCAUUCAGGUCCCACAUCUGUGGAGGGACCCUGAUCAAUGAGCAGUGGGUACUGACAGCAGCCCACUGUAUCUUAAAUUCAUCAGCUAGCCUCUGGACCCUCUACAUGGGAAGAAUCAAUCAAAAUGGUCCCAAUGCCAAUGAGGUGAUCAGGACACUGUCCCAGGAUGUGAUCGUCCAUCCUGACUACAACGCUACACUCAUUACCAAUGACAUUGCGCUGAUGAAGUUAAGCAGCCCAGUCAACUUCACUGACUUUAUCAGACCAAUCUGCCUGGCAGGAAAUGGCAGCCAGUUCACCAACUCCACUUCCUGUUGGGCCACUGGAUGGGGCAGGAUUACAGCAAAUGAAUCUCUUACAGGCUUACAGACGCUCCAGCAGGUUGAAGUUCCUGUGGUUGAGAAUGACCUGUGCGGUUUUUUUUAUGAAUUUGUAUCAAAUGCAAACAUCAUACCAAGCAUGAUUUGUGCUGGAGUAGAAGGCAGAGGAGUAUGUUCGGGGGACUCUGGUGGACCUUUGCAAUGCUUACAAAAUAAUCAGUGGAUCCAGGCUGGCAUCACCAGUUUUGUAGUACCCUGUGCUCUAGGUUUCCCUGACGUUUAUUCAAGAGUUACAUCAUUCGAGACUUGGGUCAGAAGUCAAGUGACACAGUCCAAUGUUAGCUUUGUGACGUUUUCUAAAGCUGUAGGAACUGUAGACACAGCCUAUGCAUCACAACUGACAUUUGCUGUCAUUUUAGCAACUAUAUUCCUGCAGUGACUUCUGGUUCUGUAGCAGAGCUUUGUGGCACUUUUAACAUGAAUCACAUUCCUGUUUUAAAAGAGAAUUUUCAGAUUAUUUGAUACCAUGUAAGGGGUUUGGUGUUUUCCUAUUUUUAACAUACUGAUGUAUACAUUAUGAUUAUUUUAUUCUAGUGUGCAUGAUUUGGGAUGAGAUCCCGUUUGAUACAAGAACCAGUUCCCAGUAGCUCAAUUCCUUGGAAUUAUUAGUCUGCUUGCUUCCACUUAUUGAUUCUGAGAUGUCAUCACAUCAAAUUCACUAUCACGUCAUUUCCACAUUUUGGUUCGGAAUGGCUGAAAUAUGGCUGUAUUUCACCAGCAAAACAACACUAAGGCCAUUUGUAAUUGCAGAGCAUCCAUUAUGGCAAAGAAAUACAUCCAAAAUGCAAAAACAUUUAGACAUACAGCGUCCAAUUAAACAGCACCAAUAUAACGUCUUUGAUUGGCUGUUUAGCAAAGGUGGCGGUGACUCUGGAAGAGGAGUGUACAACAAGGUGUCCUCUGUCACAGCUGUUAACGUUAAACUCCUCUGGGUUCUAUCAAUACUGUUAAUGUUAGUGCCAUUUCACUUUGUCAACUGCUUUCACUAUUGUUUAUGAAUAAUAUCCAUCUUCUAUAAUUACAUUUAGAUGAUGACAAGGCUCAGAAGCUGCAGCAGGUAGCGCUCACACUUCUUUAACUAACCUUUUAUAACCCCUCAUGAGUUUUAUUUCAAUCAAAUGCAAAAUACUAGUGCAUAUCUGAUAUUAAAUAGUUAUUACAAACAAAGCCAUUUGUGCUAUAGUUUAUUCCCAAAUCCAAUGAGAAUUAAUAAGAAAAUCAAAACAGAAUGAAACUGAUAAGUGAUAUUAAUAAUAGAACUGGAAUUGCUAAAUUCUUAUCAAUUCCCAUCCCUACGCAUGAUGACACUUUCACCAUAACUCUGUUUUUGUGUUUGUCUUUUGUGUAGCACUUAAUGCACUCAGUUGCACUUGGUUUUUCAAUCUUGAGCUAACUCAAUUUUACUAUGUACAAGCUAUCUGAUAUGCCAUUUUUACAGAUUAUGGUUUGUUGCCAUUUAAAACAAAUAAGAAUUAAUUUUUUGUUUUCCUGUCAUUUUCAUUACAGUCAUAUAUUUGUGAUUAAAAACAAAAAGAAAUAUUUGAAUAACAA